AGCUCGCUAGUUCAUUCAAGCCUUUUGAAGUGUUUGGUGGUGUGUCGAGAGCAUUGUUCAGCAGCAGCAGCAGCAGCGGUUCAGAAGAGAUCCAUCCGUGCCAUAGUGUUACGCGAAGCAGAUUCUGCACAUCCGUUGGACUCGAGUGAAGUGUGGUGAAGUGUCGUGCGAUCUAGAUAGAACUUAAGCCAAUCAGAAUGAAUCGGUUCGUCGCCGUUUGUCUAUUGCUGUCGGCAAGCGCAUAUGCCCAGCAGUUCAAAUGCCCUCCCAAGGACGGCCAGUAUGAGGAUUCCAUCCAGUGCGACAAAUACUACGAAUGCUACGAUGGACGUGCCACCGAAAGGUUAUGCCCGGAUGGUUUAGUGUUCGAUCCCACAAUCCGGAAAAUCAACAAGUGUGAUCAACCCUUCAACGUGGACUGCGGAGACCGAGUAGAAUUACAGCAACCAAGAAGUAAUUCGCUGUGCCCACGAAGGAACGGUUUCUUCGCCCAUCCAGAUCCAGCUGUCUGCAACGUGUUCUACAACUGUAUCGAGGGCGAGGCCAACGAAAUCACCUGCACUGCUGGUCUGCACUUUGACGAAUACAGCGGAACUUGCGUGUGGCCAAACGAUGCCGGACGUCAGGGAUGCAACCCAGGAGCCAACAAGCAACUCAAGGACGGAUUCACCUGCCCGAAGGAACAGAAGACCGACGAAGCCGGCCAAACCGUGGCUCAUCCCAAGUUCGCUCACCCAACUGACUGCCAACGGUUCUACGUUUGCCUGAAUGGCGUGGAACCACGUGACUUGGGAUGCCAAGCUGGAGAGGUCUACAACGAGGAAACGGAACGUUGCGACGCACCGGAGAAUGUUCCUGGAUGCGAGGACUGGUACAAAGACAGUGAUGAGAAGAAACAUUAAAUAGACUGCUGUGUAGGUAGGAGUAGGUCAUCGAGAAUUUUCAUUUUUGAUCAUCCAUAAGACUACAUCAACCGAUUUAGUUAAGAUAAUAAAUAAUCAUUUUUACGUAAAUA